AUGACAGGGUUUGGCUCUCCAUGCGGCGCAUGCAAGUUCCUCCGCAGGAAGUGCGUGAAGGGGUGUGUCUUUGCACCCUACUUCUGCCAUGACCAAGGGGCUGCACAUUUUGCUGCUAUUCAUAAGGUCUUUGGUGCAAGCAAUGCCUCAAAACUCCUCAUGCAUCUCCCAGAAAAUGCCCGCUGUGAGGCUGCAGUCACCAUCACCUAUGAGGCACAGGAAAGGCUUCGUGACCCAGUAUAUGGUUGUGUGGCACAUAUAUUUGCUCUUCAACAGAAGGUAGUAACUCUGCAAGCACAGCUGGCAUCACUAAAAGUUCAAGCAUCACAAGGAUACACAAACGAGUUUUUUAUGUCAGGCACUCAACAAGACAACAUUUAUGUGAAUAAGUUCAUGGAUUACCAGCAGGAAGAAGGCGGGAUGCCACAUCCAGUAGAAUCUUGCACUUCUGUCAAGAAUGAGAGCCAGCAAUACUUGGGCAGCAAUAUUAUGACUUGCACUUCUAUGCAAUCCCAUCAGCUUCAUAACCCACAUCAGUACAGAUCUGACAGUACAUCUUCCUUCAACACUGACAACGAUCCUUCAUGCACCAUGUUUUAUCUCAAUCUUCAAGAGGACGUGCAAAAGAAUGGGUAUUAUUGUAUGGAUAACCUCCAGUCAAUGGCACCUGCCUAUUGA